UCAGAGAAUGUCCUUCCCGGUUGGACAAGAGAGCGUGGCUCACGCAAGUGUCAAAGAGACUCUUCCAAGUUCCGAAAUUGGGUGCAUUCAAUUAAUUUGGCAGAAAGGGAUUGAUACAUAAUUGCCAUUUAUAAGGGAAACAACGCGUUGAGAGAGGUGCUGGACAGAGCCACGAGGGGACAAUGUCUGACAGCAGUGGUGCUGCCAACAGCAAUAGCUGGACUGUCCUCACAGCUGAGGAGACUGUUGCUGAGACACUGAGGCCUGUAGAGGAGGGAACAGAGCACCAUGAAGAUACACCCAGUCAUACUGCUGCAGAGAAACCUACAGAGAGUAGGCCUGGGGAGGAUGCAGUGUCUGCUGAAGAGUCUCACUCUGUGAAGCUACAGCAGGAGACCCAGGAAACACAACCAGAGAGAGACAAGGAUUACACCCCUGUUGUAGAGAGUCCCACCCAUGACCUUCCCUUUGACCCUGCCCCUGGCUCAACCCCUGCCCUUGACUCCACCUCUGCUAGUGUUGCUCCUCCGAGCUCUCUGUUAGAAGUCCCCGCCCCCACAGGUCUUGACCCAGAUACACACAGCCAAUCCAGAAGCCUCCCUGGGAACCAAGCCCCUCCCAUCUCUGACCCUGAUUCAUUCUCUGACUCCUACACCCACAUUAGCUCCUCCCCUGACCUUGAAGAGCCCUCUGCCUUGCUCCUCAACACCGAGCCACCGGAAGAGGUGGGGCUUGUACAGGAAGCGGAGGGGUAUAUACAGGAUGUGCAUCAUCAUUAUGAGGAGGGGCUUGGGCAGGAAGAGAAGGAGUCUGAUCUGUCUGAGGUCGGGGCCAAGACAGACUCCCAUCUGGAAGCAGAGGUGGUGGGGGAGGAGGAAGGGGUGUCAGGGGUGAGGAGGAGGAGGGGGUCUCUCCUGGCGGCUCUGGAGCGGAUCGGAAGGAAGGAGGACGAGGAGGAGGAGGAGGAUGAGUUCCGGAUUCCGCAGCAGAGGGAGCAAGAGGAGACUGGUUUCUCUCUCAACAAGUGCAUCCUAGGAGCUGUCAUACUGCUGGGCCUCGGAACCAUAUUCUUCUCAGGUGUCUUCAUGGACCUGGAUGGUGAGGGGGACUAUGAUGCCAGGGAGCUGAGAGAAACAGAGGUGGUGGGAAAACAGGAAUGGCUGAAUCCUGAGGUUCCUCUUCCUCUUGACAGUACAGACCAACUGAAUAAACUGGCUAAAGAAGACCCACGGAUAGCUGUACUGCAAGCCCAACUCCUGGCACAAAAAGAGGAGCUAAAAGUAGCCCAGAAGGAGGCGGAGGAUGGAGGGAAGGAGAGAAAGAAGAGAGAGGAGGUGGAGAAGGAGCACGGUAGGCUGAAGAAAGAGAUGACAUCGCUCCCUGUCCUUCAGAAGGAGAACGAGAGGAUGAAGAGAGAGCUGGAGUCUGUUCCUGUCUUACAGAAGGAUCUAGAGACACUCAGAGCCACAGUGACUGAACUAAAACACAGCACAGCCAAAGAAGCAGCAUCACCUCCAGUCUCUGCCUCUGUCCCGCCCCACUCUGGCCAAGCUGGGGAUAACAGCCAGAACACAGCCGGAACAAUAGAGAGGGAGGGCAAGAAACCAGGGAAGGGAGAGAAAACAGAUCAAAAAGAGUUGAAGGAAGAGAAGAAGGAUUGGAAUAAGGGAGGGAAGAAGGAUUGGAAUAAGGGAGGGAAGAAGGAUUGGAAUAAGGGAGGGAAGAAGGAUUGGAAUAAGGGAGGGAAGAAGGAUUGGAAUAAGGGAGGGAAGAAGGAUUGUGAGGUAGAAAAAGAGUGGAGAAGUGGAAAAUAUGACCAGGAGAAAGAAGGAAAAGAGGAGAAAGAGUGGAAGAAGAAAGAAGACAAGAAGGGAGAAUGGAAGAAAGAUAAAUCUAGCAGAGGGGAUGAGGGCAAACCAUGGAAGGACAGAGGAAACAAGAUGGAAUGGAAGGAGAAGAGUGAGAAAAAAGACUGGAAGGUGGAGAAAGAUUGGAAAAAGGAAAAACCUGAAAGAUGGAGUGAUAGCAAGGAGUGGAAAAAAGGCAAGGAUGACCGGAAGGGAAAAGAGGAGAAAAAUCAAAAGAAAGAAGGUUGGGUUGAGUGGAAGGGAGAGAAGAAUGGGAAAGAGGACACAAAUCGAAGAAAAGGUGGUUGGAAUGAGGGCAGGGAUGAGUGGAAGGGAGAGAAGGAGUGGAAGGGAGAGAAGAAUGGAAAAGAGGAGAAAAAUCUAAGAAAAGGAGGUUAUAAUAAGGGCAGAGAUGAGUGGAAGGGAGAGAAGGAGUGGAAGAACGACAAGGACCUUGGCAAAGGAUGGAUGGAGAGAGGAGAGAAAAAGGAGUGGAAGGGAGAGGAGUGGAAGAACGACAAGGACCUUGGCAAAGGAUGGAAGGAGAGAGGAGAGAAAAAGGAGUGGAAGGGAGAGAAAGAUUGGACAAAGAAAGACAUAAAGAAAGACGUCAGUAAAGAGUGGAAGAGUAAGGACAACAGGAGAGAAAAUGAGUGGUCUGAUGGAAAUAGAAAGAUGGAUGGAUUGAAGGAGGAGAGAAACGGUGGGAACUGGAAAAAGUACAGAGGGAAUGACAAGUACGAGAAGGACCAUCACCACCACUACUCUAAGGAAGGGCAGAAAGAGAGGAGAAAGAGAGAAAAGGGCCCACCCCAAACCCACCGCAGACCCCCCCUUGAGCAACCUGACUACUGGAGUCACCAGAGAGAACGACUGCAGCACAAACCCAACCCUCAGACCCACUGCAGUUCAGUGGAGGCCUGCGCCCAGGCAGAGGGGCUGCUCCCUGUCACCAUGCCGGAGUUUGAGGCCCUGCUCCUGGGUUACCUGGUCAAGGCAGAGAGGGUGGGGGUGGAGGCCUCCAAGAGGGAGGAGCUCAGUAAGCUAACCAAGGAGUUCUUCAGUGACGGAGUGUUCGUUCAUGACCAGAUGAGCUUCAAGGACUUUGUGGAGGAUGUGGAUGACAUCUUAGAGGAUAUGGUGGAGGAUGAGGAGGUAGAGGAGGAGAUGGAUGACUUUGAGGAAGAAGCCAUGAACAGGUUUUCAGUUCUAGGGGGAGGAGAGAGGGAGAAGUGGAGGAAGGGAAGUGGGAGAGGACGGGUGUGAUGGAGUGAGAAAGGGAGUCAAUGCAUGUCAGGAGGAGCGGAAAGAUGGAGGUGGAGGAAAAUAGAUGGAUGUGCUGCAAGGUAGAAUUUAGGAGGAGCAACACACACAUACAUAUAUAUACUACCACCGUAGAGUUUGGGGUCAUUUAGAAAUGUCCUUGUUUUUGAAAGAAAAGCACUUUCUUUUUUGUCCAUUAAAAUCAAAUUGAUCAGAAAUACAAUGUAGAC